ACCGUGGAGAGAGUGUAGGAGGCGGGCGAGAGAGGUGGUCCUGUUACUCCCUCAAGCUAUGCUGCCCAGCCUCACAGAUCUGGGGGAGGUCCAGUGUUCUUAGACGACCUGUUUUGCACGGGACAGCUGGACCAACGACAGUUCUUCCUUAAGGCAAAGUUUCUAGCAGCCUGCAACAAGCUUCACCCGUUAAAGGAGGAUACCCCAGCGAUCAGCUUCUAAGAUCCCCUCCUGCAGUAACUGAGAGCUAGGAGCUGAGCGGUCUAGUUUCCCGCAAACGACUACGUCCACAGAGCUCUCUGAGUUGGGUCCAGGAAAGCCCAGCUAGGCCAUUUCCGCGUCCGGGUGAGACUAAGGUCCUGGGCUGAAUUCCUGGCUCCACCGCACCCUGGAGCAAAUCGCGUAAGUCAGUCUGAAUGCGCGCGCACCUCAGCCCUGCUUUUGAAGUGCAAAGUGCUCCAAAGCGCCUCCCUCCCCAAGAUCAGCAGGUGUCAGCUAUCCAGAAGGAGGAAAUCGUUUGUCUUGGCCAACUGAGGCUGUGCUGGACCCCAGCUUGCUACUGUUACCGAACGCAGUCGGUCCACACCAUCUUGUGUCGCUACCGCCAAUGGGCUUGGAGCUCUACCUGGACCUGCGGUCACAGCCCUGCCGCGCUGUCUACAUCUUCGCCAAGAAGAAUGCCAUCCCCUUCCAGAUGCGUACCGUGGAUAUACUCAAAGGGCAGCACUUGAGCGAGCAAUUCUCCCAGGUGAACUGCUUAAACAAAGUUCCUGUCCUCAAAGACGGAAGCUUCGUGUUGACCGAAAGCACAGCCAUCUUGAUUUACCUGAGUUCCAAGUACCAGGUGGCAGACCACUGGUACCCAGCCGACCUACAGGCCCGUGCCCAAGUCCAUGAAUACCUGGGCUGGCAUGCCGACAACAUCCGUGGUACUUUUGGAGUGCUCCUAUGGACCAAGGUGUUGGGGCCACUCAUUGGGGUCCAGGUUCCCGAGGAGAAGGUGGAACGGAACAAAAAUAGUAUGGUCCUGGCUGUGCAACGGCUGGAGGAGAAGUUCCUCAGGGACAGGGCCUUCCUUGUUGGCCAGCAUGUGACGCUAGCGGAUCUCAUGUCUCUGGAGGAGUUGAUGCAGCCCGUGGCUCUUGGCUAUAACCUGUUUGAGGGACGGCCUCAGCUGACAGCAUGGCGAGAGAGGGUGGAGGCGUUCUUGGGUGCUGAGCUGUGUCAGGAGGCUCAUAGCCCCAUCCUGAGCAUCCUGGGACAGGCAGCCAAGAAAAUGUUACCAGUACCCCCUCCGGAGGCCCAUGCCAGCAUGCAGCUUCGAAUUGCUAGGAUUCCCUGAGUGGUCUGACCAGCAAUAAAGACUCAUUUUGUGUUUUGUCUUUCCUUUUCUUUUCUUCACGUUUCUUUUUGCCCCAGUCUUUUAUCCUGGCUCCCUCUCUGACUCUGGGAGAAGCUUUAAAAGGAACACCAGCUAUCCUUAGCAUGCUUCUCUUGAGGUACAGUAUACACAACCUGAAGGAGACCGAAAUCAAUAAUAUAUAAAAGAUGCUUGAAAAAAAAAAAACAAACAGUAACACACCCAAAGAAACCAAUCAAAAGUUGGUAGACAUCUGUGUUUUAUUAUAAUAAAGAGUCUGAAUAUUUUAAGGAA